AUGUUCGAUGAAACCGACAUGAUGCCAUUCGGCCAUCUGCCUUUCGAUUAUUAUGUUAUGGACAAAUGGGACCCCAAUUCCUCCGUCACAGAAUUCCAACAAUUCCGUGCCCUUGUUGAGUCUUGGACUCGGCUUGGCAAAAGUGGCCGCAAUGAAUACCCAGAUGGUGACGACCUAUUUCCCGAGGAGAUCCCUCCUUAUGUGCCUCAAGAUCUGAUGUCAGAUGAUGCACGUGCCACAGAUGGCCAGACAACAAGACUGCUCUGGAUUCGGACGUGGUUCGGACGGAAAGACGAUCAGACAAGCCAGAAUGCCGCCGAUGCUGGAUACAAGCGUCUACGCACGAUUGUUUCUCAGCAUGGACUCGACGCGUGUUUAGAGAAAGAGUGUAUCUUUGAGAGCAAAGAGGAAUUUGGGCCAGGCAGUAUCACUAUGCCUCAUGGAGAUAAGAAUCCUGAUUUUGUAGAUGGAGUCGCCUGCGGGACGCCAGGCUCCGUGCCAUCAUAUAUGAUUACGGCGCUAAUGCACAAGCCCGAUAUAUUGGACGGUCUAACGGCUCGCGAUUGGCCUUCGGAGUCAUAUAAAAGAUCACUUAAGCCAGAUAUGGCGCAGUGUCUUAUGCUUGUUCUCGCCGAUCGUAAGGCAUGUGAGGAGGGAUGGGUUUUGUUCUUGGCUGUGAAUCAUAAGGGAGAAGUCCUUCCCUUUAGGGUGCGCGAAACGGCUUAUUGGACGAGCCAACUGAUUAUGGAAUUCAUGAAUGGCCAGGACUUGGAUGAGAACACUGAGGACCCUGACGAAGAUAUCGAAUAUUACAACCAUAGAGGCGAUGGCUGGGCCCCCGAUACUGUUUCCUAA